AGCAGGAGGUGGAUGCGGUGCCGCAGCGAGUCGCAAAUGAGUCGCUAGCUGUGCGAGAUUCAAUCAAGGCUGAAUUUGAUGACUUCGCUACAAUUCUUGACAAGGAACUAUCUGAACGUAUCGCCAAUUUUACCUUAAAUUUACUUGAUACGAAAGCCAUUGAAGGCAAUUUCUCAACAGCAUACAACUCUUACAACAUUAUGGCAUAUGACAAUUAUAGGUGGGGAGUCUGGCUGGCUCUAGGCUGUCUGGUGCUGUUAAUCAGCAUGCUACUGCUGACCGGCCUCAUCGUGGGUUUCAUAGGCUUCAAUACGGAAGACUUACCGACUCAGCGCACCGCGCUCUCCAACGCUGGAGGCAACCUCAUUGUAAGCGGCGUCGUGGUAAGCUUUGUGUUUGCCGCGAUCAUCAUGCUUGUCUGUGUCGUCUGCUUUGUCGUCGGCGUUCCCGCUGACCGCGUCGUCUGCCAGCCGCUCGUCGACCCCGACCUUGAAGCGCUAGCCAAGCUGAUUGACGAGCCGGGUGAGUCGGUGUUUGCGGAGGGCCUGGAGAGAGACGAGUACUUCCUCAGCAGCCUGCUGCUCAACGACUGGACCGUGCCGCUGCGACUCACCGACGUGCUGAAGGAGUGCAGGGAUGAUGGGCCGAUAUGGCAGGUCCUGAAGCUUGACAACGCCUACAAUCUGAACUCCCUCAUCGACGUUUCCGCGGCUGUGGACACUGAGCAGAUAGGAAGUCAGGUAACCAACGAAGUGUCUCUGUCCUCCGUCACCAUUCUUUCGCCAGAGCUCACGAGCCUGUUAUCCGACUUCAACGACUCUUUGGCAGCAAUAAACAUCACUGCUCUUCAGGCGCAGGUGACGGUGCCGCUGACGGGUGCUGACCUGCAACAGGUGGCCGCCACGCUGCGUGCGAUCGUGCCGCUCAUCCCGGCGGUGGCGGCGGUGGCCGACACAGCGGACGACAUUUACAACCUGCAGGUGGUGCCCCUGCAGGAGUCGCAGCAGACUGUCAGUAACCUGCUGGCUGACCUUGACUUGCACGUCAAGGACACGAUGGCAAACAUUAGCACUGUCCUUGAUGCUCUGCAAACCUCCCAGGAUGCAAUAAGAACCAAUGGCAGUGUCAUCAUCACACGGCUUGUGAAUGAGUACAUUGCAAGGCUAGUGGGCUAUGGUGAUCAGUACAUUGAUCAUUCUAUCGAUCUAUUAAAGAAUGACGUGGGAAAAUGUCGGACUGUUUGGAACGUCUAUAACUCUGCAACGACUCUAGUCUGCAAGACUUUCCUAAAUGCAUUCAAUGCAAGCUGGUUCUGUCUGGGCUGGGCUGCCGUCCUGCUCAUACCUGCUGUUAUCUUUGGUAUGAAGCUAUCCAAGUAUUUCCGACGUAUGAAACAUGCUAUUGGUUUUGCCGAUGGGAAUUCGGCAAUGGAAAUGAAACUAUCAGCUGGAAACAAAUCGGCAUCGGACCUCUAGGUUAUGGACAACCGGGACAAACUUCACAGAUGUUGAACGGCAAAGUGGAAAACGGAGCCGUGAUUACACCAUGAACAGCAUACAUGAACACAGACCUGGUACAGCAAAAAGGAACGCUGAACAACAUCACACCAUGAACGGUGAGAGGAACAGUAGUACUAAGCUGCUAUGUGCUGAACCGUGAACACAGCCACGCUAAAUUGCUGACUUAAUGAGUGAACAGCCAUGUGGAACAAAUGUGAACAGCAUGUGUGAACACAACCACAAAGUAUGAACAUUAUGAGUGAAGACAACCACGAAGUAUGAACAGCAUGGUUGAAGACAACCAUGAAGUAUGAACAGCAUGAGUGAAGACAACCAUGAAGUAUGAACAGCAUGAGUGAAGACAACCAUGACGUAUGAACAGCAUGAGUGAAGACAACCAUGACGUAUGAACAUUAUGAGUCAACAUACAUGAACCGUAAUGAUCGUUGCACUAUCAAUAUGAACGGCGACAUGAGAGGAAUCCUGCGAUAUCAUAAAACGAGUGAUACAACCAAUAUGUUCCCAGUUAUGUGGAAAGUUAUUGAAUGACAGGUUAUUUUGUUAAGUGCCUAUUAUGUGCCUUUGACAUAAUUAUGACGUGAUUGUCGGGAGAUUUUCUAGUGUACACUUCUACCAACUAGCGAUUUAUCCUCUAAUGAGUGCCAUUCCAAUUUGCUAUGUAAACUGUGAUCAUUAUAAUACUGUGAUUUGUCAUGCAUAGAAAAAUAUUAUACUAUAUAGAAUUUUAAAAACAAUUCAUGUUA